AUGUUGGGUGUCAUGAUCGGUAGUGGUAGAUCAUGGUCAACCGCGAUGAUGGCGCCAGCCGCAUGUGGGGCAGGCGCACCUGCAGGGCUGCGCCGUAUCACGCUAGCCAGGGUCCUCCCAUGCUUGUUGCCAAGAUUUCGAAAUAAUUUCAGCGACUUGCCAUUUCAAGUCCUCCACGAGCUUUUCCUGCCGCCAUACUCGACAUCUCCACACGCCCUUUGCGGCUCCACAAAUCUCACUCUCAGGAUGCCGCCCUCUCAGCUCAAGCGGCUGAAGGCCUCACUCCGUGAACAGGGCAUCACCGGGCCCCAAAAGUCCAAGAAACAGAAGAAAGCGCAGUCGAAAAACGCGGACCACCGCGCCAAAAAGGCGACUGCGCUCGCCUCGAUUCGCGAAUCAUUCAAUCCAUUUGAAUUCAAGCACCUUGCGCGUCCAAAAAAGUUCGCCUACGUCUCUACACAGCCUGAAAAUGGCGUCAAGAAGAUCCUGGGCCGGCCUGGCGUCACCAAGAGCGCGGGUGAGGAGACGCGCAGAAAGACGCUGUUACCCGAGAUGCAUCGUAAGAACAAGGUCGGAGGCAUUCUGGAUAAGCGAAUUGGCGAGAAUGACCCAACGAUGAGCUUGGAGGAUCGCAUGAUGGCGAGGUUCGAGCGCGAGCAGCAGCGCAAGAGGGGUGGAAACGUGUUCGAUCUUGAAGAUGGCGGAGAUGACGAGAUUAUGCUUACGCACGAUGGCCAGACUUUGAGAUUUGAUGAUGAGAUUGGAGAGGAGGACUAUGACGCUGCGAGCGUGGCUGGCUCGAGCGAUGACGAGGACGGAUUUUUAAAGAAGAAACGAAGAAGAGACGAUGUCGAUGGUGAAGAAGGUGAGGCUGCGCCUGAGGAGGAGCAGCCAGAAAGGAAGAAGAGUAAAGCGGAAGUCAUGAAAGAGGUCAUGGCAAAGUCCAAGCUACACAAGUACGAGCGUCAGGCACAAAAGGAGGAUGACGACGAGCUUCGAGAAAAGCUCGACAAGGACCUCAAUGAUGUCUUAGCUGCUCUUCGUGAGCACAUCAACAAGAAGCCAGAGGCCGAGAAACCAAAGGAUGACGGUGACAACACCUUCGGUAUCAAUGCUGAUCGCGCAGCACUGCUUGCAGGAAGUUCACAGUUGGAGAAGGACCGUGAGUACGACAAGCGAGUGCGCCAGCUGCUGCAAGACGAACGAGCGAAGCCUACCGAGCGGACCAAGACCGAGGAAGAGAAGGCCAAGGAAGAGGCUGAUCGUCUGAAAAAGUUGGAAGAGAAACGUAUGAAGCGUAUGCGAGGAGAGCCUACAAGCGACGACGAGGAGGAGCCUCGUAGGAAGGGCAAGGCCACUGUCGACGAGAGCGAAGAUGAAGAUGAUGACAGCGUCCCGGAUGAUGCUGCUGAGUUUGGUCUCCGAGCUGCCACUGUCCCUUCGAGUCGACCAGAGGGUGUCGAAGAUGAGGACGACUUCGAGAUGGACGAUGAUCUCAUUGCCACUGACUCGGAAGCAGACAUCUCGGACGAAGAGUCUGAUAACGCGUCUGCGGCUGAUGACACUAUGGCAAUGGAUGAUGAUGACGCAGACUUUUUGAAAAACGUCCUUCCUAAUCGUAAAGAGCAACCGAAAGCUGUAAAAGGCGUUCUGACACUUACUACGGAGCCUUCUUCGAAGCUGGCUUUCACAUACCCUUGCCCUAGAUCUCAUGAGGAGCUGUUGGAGGUGUUCAAAGGUGUCGCCCCCAACGAUACGUCUGUGGUCAUUCAGAGGAUACGCGCACUCUAUCAUGCGGGUCUACAUGCAGACAACAAGAACAAGCUUGCAGACUUUGCAUGUGCGCUGAUCGAUCAUGUCGUAUUUCUCUCGAAUGAGACACCUGCUGCUUCAUUGGCAGUGAUUGAGGCUAUCAUCCGUCACAUUCACUCCAUGUCACGUUCAUAUUCCGUCCAGAUUGCUACGAAGUUUUGCGAGCACCUCAAGGAGCUCCAAAACUCAAACGCUCCGACAGCAGGGGAUCUUGCUUUGCUCACAGCCAUCGGAUCCAUAUAUCCCACGUCUGAUCACUUCCAUCAAGUCGUCACACCCGCCAUCACACUCAUGGCGCGCUGGAUGGGUCUCACUACACCAGCGUCGACGAACGACGUCGCAACUGGCGCUUUCAUCGGGUCAAUUUGCUUACAAUACCAAACUCUCGCAAAGCGCUACAUCCCUGAGUUCAUCCGCUACACCAGCCUCUGCCUCACCUCGUCUCACGCAAACCCCACGCUCCUCACCGUCCACUCCAAGAACAUCCUCACAGCCGCCGACCUCUGGAGCGCCUCCCCCUCCUUCACCGAAAUCUUUACCCCCCUCCUCGCCCCCCUAAAAUCCGCCUCGCAAACCUCGACCCUCCAAACCCUCCACGCCCGCCUCUCCGUCGCCCGCUCCAAACGCCGGCCCCAACUCCUCCACCACCACCGCCCCCUCCCCAUCAAAUCCAGCAUCCCCAAGUUUGAGGAAUCCUUCGACCCCAACAAGCACUACGACCCCAACAAAGAGCGUAGCGAGGCCGUCCGCCUACAGAAGGAAUACAAGCGUGAGCGCAAGGGCGCGCUCCGCGAGCUCCGCAAAGACGCCAAUUUCAUCGCCAGAGAGACGCUUCGCGAGAAGAAGGAGAAGGAUGCGGCAUAUGAGCAGAAGUAUCGGCGGUUGGUGGCGGAGAUCCAGGGCGAGGAGGGCAGGGAGAAGAAUUUGUAUGAGAGGGAGAAGAAGAGGCGGAAGAGUUAG